AUGCUUUCUGCACUCUCUGCCUACCAGCCCCGCCAGCUUUUGGCGCAGGUUCUCAAUUUCGGUCUGAUCCUCUCAACGGCCUUCAUGAUGUGGAAGUCUUUGUCAUUGGUCACCAACUCGCCGUCGCCUAUCGUCGUGGUACUUUCCGGAUCUAUGGAACCGGCUUUCCAACGUGGAGAUCUUUUGUUCCUGUGGAAUCGAGGUGUAGAUACACAAGUUGGUGAGAUUGUGGUGUUCAACAUUCAAGGGAAAUCCAUCCCGAUUGUGCAUAGGGCCUUGAGGAAGCAUGUUAGCCGACCAUCGGCAAAGCAAUCUAAAUCUCGUGCAUAUCCUCCCCUCAAACUCCUCACCAAAGGAGACAACAACGCCCAGGACGACGUUGUCCUCUAUACACCGGGACAGCACUACAUCGACCGUGAAAAGGAGGUCAUCGGAAGCGUCAAGGCAUAUGUACCUUUCGUCGGCUACGUUACAAUAUUGUUGUCCGAACACCCAAUGGUGAAGACCGUGGUGCUGGGUAUUAUGGGCUUAUUCGUGAUACUUCAGAGGGAGUAG